GUACCGCGCUUAUACCCAAACCCAUCUGCACCAUCACAAAGCAGGCAGCCAAAUAGCUGCUCUCUUCCUUCUCACUCAGAAAGAUCUGACCUAUCUACACAGGCAGCAAGAUGCUGGCUUCUCUGAUGGGUGUUUUUAUCGCGAUUUGCUUCGAAGUUGAAAGCAGGCGACCAGAAACGACCCAUGCUGUCAAUUUCCUGGAUAAUGAGAAAUGGUUGACCACUGUCUCACAAUAUGACAAGGAGCUCAGAUACUGGAACAAAUUCCGAGAUGAUGAUUAUUUCAGAAGCUGGAAUCCUAACAAGCCAUUUGAUCAAGCCCUGGAUCCAACAAAAGACCCAUGCCUGAAGGUGAAAUGCAGUCAACACAAAGUCUGUGUAACCCAUGACUACCAAACAGCACUUUGCGUUAAUCGCAAACAGCUAAUGCACAGUCUCAGGCAGAAAAAGGACGGGCUUCUUCACAGACAAUGGAAUGGAGGAGCCAAUCUGGUUAAAUGCAAGCCCUGUGCUGUGACGCACCCAAAUUCUGUCUGUGGUUCCGAUGGCCACACUUACUCUUCUAAGUGUAAACUUGAUUACCAAGCUUGUUCUGCACGUAAGAAGAUCACCAUGAGAUGCAAAGGACCUUGUCCUUGUCUUCCUGACCAAGAAAGUGUGAAGCUGAAAAGCGAAAAGACAGAUGGAAUCAAAACCCAGACUGAAGGCAAGGAUACAAAUCGUUCACCUUUAAGAGUGUGCAAUGAGAAAGAGCUGAGGAAUCUCGCUUCCAGGCUGAAAGACUGGUUCGGGGCUUUACAUGCUGAUGCCAACCAAGAUGUAAAACUUAAAUCAGUCAAGCAAUCGGAGCAGAGCCGAUUUGACACCAGCAUUCUGCCAAUCUGCAAGGAUUCUCUGGGUUGGAUAUUUAACAAGCUGGACAUGAACUAUGAUCUUUUGCUGGACCAAUCAGAGCUGGGCGCCAUUUACCUUGACAAGUAUGAGCAGUGUAUUAAGCCACUUUUCAACUCCUGUGACACAUUUAAAGAUGGAAAGCUUUCUAACAAUGAAUGGUGCUACUGUUUCCAGAGGCAAGGUGGUCUUCCAUGCCAAGCUGAAAUUAAUAAGAUUCAAAGGCAGAGCAGAGGGAAACAUCUUUUAGGUGCUUUUAUACCAAGGUGCAAUGAGGAUGGAUAUUACAAACCAAUCCAGUGUCACAGUAGCUCUGGACAGUGCUGGUGUGCUGACAAAUAUGGAAAUGAACUAGCAGGUUCACGGAGAGAAGGGACUCCAAUCUGUGAAGAAGAUCAAGAGAAUUCUGGUGAUUUUGGUAGUGGUGUGUUCCAAGUUUUGUCUGAUGACCAGGAUGAUAAGAGAGAAACACAGAAUGAAGAGGAAGAGAAAGUUUCUCAGGGUGGAGCCAAUGAAGAUGAUGAAGAUAGUGAAGAUGACAAAGAUGAUGAUAUUGGCUAUAUCUGGUAGUUGCAUUAACUGCAUUACUACCUGGAACUGUCAUAAUUUGCACACUGCUCAAGUUCAUUCUUAUAUCAAUUUGUCUGUGGUACUGAGGAAAUGUUGCAUCUGAGAGAAAAAAAAUUAAAAAUCUUUUAGAUAAUAAAAUGUUAGUCUAAUCAGGACCAUUUUGUUCAUCUGUUGAGCAUGCUCAGUACCAAAAUAUAUUUUGAAAUGUGUUUCUGAGCAAUAAUAUAGUGGAGGAAAAAUUGUUCAGAUUUCUAACAAGACUCUUGGAUAAGAGCCGUACAAAUUAACUAGUCUCAUUCUGAAUCUACAUAGUUUAACUAACCCUUAACAUUCACUGAUUUUCCAAAAUGAAUUGAGACAUAAAUUAUGGAGCCUUCUUAAUAUCAAUUCUUAGACAGAAAAAGAAAUGAUUGCAACAGAAAUGAACUUACAUUAAUACCAUUAUACUAAAAUACUUUAGUUCUGAUAGAUAUUAUGCACAUUUUAUUUACAUGUUCAUCAUCUUUAUGUACAUUUAUCUUACAUAUGUGCAUGUCAUCAUUUUAAUAUUGAAUAUUGCUAAAAUAGCUGGCAUGCUAGCGCCAAACCAUCACAGGUAAUUCAAGGAAUUGUGAAGCUCUGCGCAAGCUAAAAGAACAGUAUCUCAUUUUCCGCUUGGGAACCCUGCAGCCUUCAGAACUCAACAUUGCAUUCAAUAAUUUUAGGGCUUCUCCCUUGUCCUUACCCCAACCCCCACACACCAGUUCUUGACAUCACAUAAGCUGCUACCAUAAUCAACUCUUUCUCAGUUACUGAUGCUCCCUAUUGGCAGCUAUUCACUUUCCCAGGCUGACAUUUAUCCAUUUCUUUAUCUGCCCGACUGGUACUCUCUCUUCCUCUCUCUGGGCUCCAUAUCCAUCUGUCGUUUAUUUCUGUCCCCUCCUCCCCACCCCAUUGUCAGCAUAUAUACCAACCUUCGCCCUAGCUACAAUCACUUCUGAAGAAGGGUCACUGAACCUGAGAAGUUAUCUCUCCUUUCUUUCCACAGAUACUGCCAGACCUUCUGAGUUCUUCCAGCAAUUACUGUUUUUGUACUUGAAAAAUAAUUUGGCUGGAAUUCCAUAUUUUCAUUCUGGGUUGAAGUGCCUACCCUCGCAGUGGCAGGAAGCUCCAAAUCACAUAGUUAGAACGUUGCAGCAUUAACUAUCUUAUUGAACAAGACUUUUGCCUUCCAUUUGCUUCUAAUGAUACGUUUCAUUGUUUAAAAAGCCACAAUUUGUUUGGAGUCACACAUUCAUGUGGAAGCUAUGGGGGAAAUGCUGUCCAUUGAAUUUACUUAUGGAGAUCUUUGGCUGUACGUUGACAUUCAUUGCAAAUAUUGCAGUUCUUCUUCACAUUUAUACUGUGGAACCCUCCCUGCACGGUGUAUUAUUCCUCUAAUAAAGCAGUACAGUUCAGAAUUAUCAAACUUUUAUUUGGGUAACUACUCCCACCACGUCCAUAGAUCCUGCUGGUAUUUUUCUCACUUUUUUUGCCUUACAAUGUGACUUAUUUCUUCCUGCCCUCCAAACUAGUUUGAACCAUUGUCCACUGUCCCACUCCCCUUUGAAUGAAGUAACAGCAAUCCUCUGUAGAAGUUUACCUGGUUCAAACAGUGUCUCAGUGGCUAGGGAAUCUGAAACCUUCACUUCAACAUCAUUAUUCCAGUCACUUACCACUUUACUGCUGUCAUACAGGGACACAACCUCCAAAAAGCCAUGUGCCAACCUGCAGCAAGAUUAUUACUGCAAGAACGGAGCUCAUUAGUUCAUCCCUCAGGGUGUCAGAUGUCUAUUCUUGUAUCUGUUCAUGGUCCAUCUAAUGACAGUGCAUUUUCGUUCAUUGCCUCUACAUUGAAUUCACUGUCUGCCACUGAGAUUAAUUUACAUGUUCUGACAUUCCUAUCAUUUCUACCUUCUCCAGCCCGUCCUGCAGUUUGUUGAACCUUCCUGGAUGUUGAUGCAUUCAUUCCAUCUUAGCCAUUUGUAGCAGGUUUUGUGACAGGCCAUGGAGAGCAUUCAUAUAUUUCUGAUACACUGCUCAAAUCCUUCUCUUCAACUUUUAUCAACUGUUUGCUGUCUCACCUGGGUGUGACACAUCCUGUGCCUCCAGCUCCAUGUCCACACCUACUUCCUCUGGCUACCUUGUGCGCUGGGUCAAACCAAAUUUCAAUUUUUCAUCCACAACACCUAUACCGCUUUGAGUUGGAGUCCCUGGGAGGUUGUGCAUGUGAAACAACACAUGACACAGUUGUUGCUAUGUCACCAGCAAUGGAGUAGACUACAAAAUCUUGCUUUUCUGUGAUGUUCUAUACAGGCUUUUAGCUGGCAGUCUCUGAAGUCUACUAUUACUAACUACACCGUUAAUUUUAAUCAAUUUGAAGAAUUUCCUAUAACAAUCAAAUAUCAAAUCCUUUUUGUAUUUUUUAUAAAGGAAGUUGAAGCUGGGAAAGAGAUUGAAGAACACAUUGGAACAUUAAAUAAGAAAAGAUUCUCAUGAUCCUACUGAUGACAGGUUCCCAAAUCUGCAUCUAUUUUUCAGGCUAGUUUGGAAGCCAUCAAUGGGCAAUUCUGCUUCUCUAUAGGGUGUUAAAUACCAGAUGAUGUGACAUCCUUCUCCUGUAGCCUGGUAUUCCUUGGCAUUGUUUGCUUUUGUAGGACAGGUGCAGUUGCUGUUAUCUCCAGAUUCGGUAGUCCUAAGCAAGUAUCUCAAAAUUCAUGGUAACAAUGUCAUGUCAGGGAGCAAGGGCUGGGAUUGUGAGAGGUAAGUGUGCCAGCAUGUAUUAUAGAGUGUGAGACACUUACGUGCAUGUUAGCAAGUGACUUUUCAUGUGGGCAAACAAAAUGACAGUGCUUGACUAUUGCUUUGGGAAAUGUCAAGUGCUUCUCGGAGAUUUAGCUCUCUGCCCUUUACCACAUCUGAAGCACUCUACCUUUGCCGAUCUGAUCUGUAAACUUUAUCCAAAACCACGUGUGCAUUCUUGAAGUUCUUGUCCCAUUCAGAAGCCAACUCAUUCCACAUUAUUUGUGCUGCUGUACGUGAUGGUCCCUUCCCUAGUUUCCCAACCAUGUUAUACAUCCAUUGUCAAACAUGUGCCAGCAGCACUUUGAUAUCAGCCACUAAUGCUCACCCGAUUUCUUCUUUUGCUCCACUCUUCAUAUUCUUCCAAGCCCUGACUAUCUAUUUUACUGCUUGAAAAUGUUUAGAAAAGGAAGCCGCAUCCAUGCCAGGCCUCCUUCCGAUAAACUCAGUACUGGCUGUUUCCACUUUUCCUCUGACAGCUAUACUGAAAUUAGUCAGCCACCAGAUAUGACCAGCAUCUUCACAUUUUAGCAAGCAUGCAUUCUUUGCUGUAUCUGUGUACAAGGAGAUCACGAAGAAUCAAUGCGUUAUUUGGAAUUUCUUUAUGAUAAUGACACUUUUCCAUGAGUGGUUUGAUUAAUAAUCUGUUGUAGGACAAGAUAUAAUGAUAAGAAAUUUGAUAAGAAAUAAGAGUGAACUCUAAAAGGCUAAAGCUGGUAAUGUUAAACUAGAUUUGCUUUGGUAGAAGUGGUUUAUAACCAGUGGUAUCCACAGGAAAGGUGGCUGAUUACAGAUUGUUGAGAAGUGAGUAGUCAUUAGACUCACGUACGGAUUUCUUAGAUGAAUGAUAAAUAAACAAUAGGAAAAUGAUGCAGUUAAGAUGAAUGAUAUGAUCAGUACAUGUAUUUACAAAUGAACAUUUUCACAUGAAGAUGCUGCUAAUUCAACCAUGAUAUUUAUAUAGAUGUGCAUGGGAAUAUUUUGUACGCUAAAUAAUUUCAGUGUAUGAAGGAUUGAUCUUAGAUAUGAUCUUAAGGAAGCUCCAUAGCAGUACUUUUCGAUUUCAUAGAGUCUGUGUCUGUACCACUGCAUCAAGAAGUAAGGGGCUUAAAUUUGAAAUGGAAAUUGCAUAUUGCCUUCCCUUACUAUAACUUGAUCAGAAUAUGUAUAAGUUACUUUGUAUGUUGUAUUGCAGAUUGUAGUACGGAUUGUAGUAGGAAAGGCACUAAAAAUGUUCAUUAAACAAUAAACUGAAAGGCAUGUUAUGUAAUGCUUCCUUAUGUGUAGUUAUGAAUAGUCCUGCUAAUUUGUGUUAAACAUUUGUUGCUUAUAGAAUUCUUACUCUGAGUCUAACUUCGUGUGAAAACAACCUGAAACAAAUUGUGCAUUUCCUUCUCAACCUGUAGGAAGCAACAAAAAUUUGAAUUUCCAAGUUUGUGUAAUUGAAUGAUUUAUUACUUCAGUUUAAGAGUAUAUGAUUUUAAAUGCUGGUUGUAAGGGAACUAAAGAAUUCUUUACCAUGUGUUAGUGCACCAGUUUCAGAAAUAUGUAAUGAUGAAAUUUUACGCAUACAUUCUCAGCCGAAUACUGGGAACUAGAUAGUUUGCGCAUCUUUAAAUAGAGGAAGUUGUUACAAGCUAACUGACUAUUUUCUUGCAGUUUUUUUUAUUCUGAUGUUACUUUUCUGAUCAUUUACAUUUUCAAGCUAACUGUGAGUCAUCAUUUUAAAGUUUGGCUAUUUCUCUGUAAUGUUAUCGAGUAUUUAUUCUGGUUAUAAAGUUUAAGUCUCUGGAACUGGUUGGUUGUUAGUUGUAUUAUGUAGGUUGUAUCUUGUAGGUAUAUCAAUUUACUAGACGGAACUUCCACUAGUAUUUUUAAUCCAGUCUGUCUAGGCUGUGUUCGACAAGAAACAUCAUAUCAUAUCUAAGUUGUUCUCAUCCAUUUCAUCCCAUUAAUUCUGAUGCUUUGUAGUUAAAUUUGAUCAUUCUUGCUUUGAUGCUACAAUUACAUUUGCCUUGAAUUUCUGUGCGAACCAGUUUCUUCAGAACAACGUGCAGAGAAAGAGUUUUGUGACCGCUGAACCUCUGAUUUAUCAUCUGAGUAGAAAUACUAGGACAGACUGGUGAAAGGCUAAAUCCAGUGACUGAUUCUUGGAUUGGGCUAGCUGACACACUCCGUGCAGUGCCUUGUAGCAAAAGAGCAUUCCACAUGGAAAGAGAAAGAAAGGCCAAAUGGAUGCCAUUGUGUUGUAAACAAACUCUGCCUGGCCAACAUGUAGCAUCACUGGUAGUUGUUGUGACAAUGACUGUGAGCUAGCCUAUGCCACAAACCUUGCUGAAGAGCAUGGCUUAUGGUCAAUAUAUAUAGACAAGACAGCAGCAAAAUGACUAGCCAUAUUUACUUUCUUCAGUAUUUUAUAUUUGUAAAAACAACAAUAUUUUAUGACUGUAAUCUACAUAGUCUUUAAUCUCAUCUGUAGGUGUUGUAUUUGUAUUUAUAAUUCUCUUUUGUGCCAGUACCAGAAUUCUGUUUUUCUCAUGUUAUUUGUCUUACAUGUCCUAGAAGUUAGACUAUCCUGAUUAAUAUUUCAAUUAUUCUGUGUCCUAUACAAAGCAAAGUGUGUGCCUUGACUGGCUUUCUGUGUAACUGGUCAGUUAAAAAGUCUUAUAUUGUUUUGUUGUUUGU